AUGGAUACUCAAGUAAUCAUCGGAGGUCUAGUUGCGUGUUUAGGUCUUGGAUACCUAGCUUAUCGUUAUUCUGAUGACGGGACAUCAGGAUCAAUUGCCCUCACAAGGGACGAUGUAGUCAGAAUCCUCAAAGAGCUCCGUACUGAACUUAUGAAUGUCUAUAUGCAGAUCUCAGGAUUCGUAAUGAGCAUCAGAGAGCAGAUGGGCGGCAGAAUUCCUGACGAGUACAUAAAAGAAAUUAUUAUGAGCCAAACACCAAUCAAUGAGCAGCUCUCCAAAGUUGUAGAGAAGGUCCUUCAGAAAAACUCAACUACAAAGGAAGAAUUUGAAAAAGCCUGCACUGUCACCUUUGCUGGCGAUAGCGAAAUUGAUCAGCUUAUGAAAGAUGCCAAAAAAGCUCUCGAGGACUCAUUUGCUGGUAUCACCCCCACUCUAAAUGAAGAUCUGCCUAGUUUCCUCACUUCUGAGCUGACAUUAAAGAUAUUCUCUGAGAUGAAUAGCGCGACUCUAGUGAGCAUGUAUGAUAUCAUUGAGGACAUAAAAUCUAAAGGAAUAACUAACCCUAAUAGUCCUGAGUUCCAAAUGGAAUUCCAAAGGCAGAGCCCAAAAAUUGAAGCAGGGACAUUUAAGGUGUUUGAAAAGUAUGGUCUUACUGAAUUAAGCUCGUCUGCUAAUCUUCUUAUGCAAACUGCUAUACAAAAAUACAGCAAAACAGACAGGAAUUUUGCAGGUUAUAUGAGUAUAUUAGCGCAGCAAACUGAGCCGCAAAUUCAGGCAGUGAUGACUGGUCGGAUCACCGCUAAUCAAAUUGAAGCAUUAAGAUCUCAGCUGUAUGACGAGCCGAAGGUGAUAGAAAUUGAAGAAGAAAACCUAAUCCAAGAGCUUGAGAACCCAAGAGAGGUUAAGGAAGAAGAGUUUGAAAACGAGGAUCUGCUAGAAGGAGAAGUUGCAGCUUAA